UAUUUACAAAACACUGAAUCAACUUUUGUCUUUUGUUUUUACGAAGUUUAUCGUCUCGUCUCGUCUCGUCUCCUCUUCAUCAUCACUCCUUCAUUGCUGAAGUGUAGCCAUUCAUUCUAACCCAAAAACCCAUAAACUACAAUCAGAAAAUGGAUUCACCCACAUCAUCAAAAAGUUGGAGCAUUUAUGGAAGAAAAGAAAUUACAUCCAAGUAUGAAAUUCUAGAACGAAUUGGCUCCGGUGCAUACUCAGAUGUUUACCGUGCACACCGACGAUCAGAUGGUUAUUUGGUCGCCUUGAAAGAGAUCCAUGAUUAUGAGAGUGCAUUUCGUGAAAUUGAGGCUCUUCAAACCCUAAAAAAUUGCCCAAAUGUAGUUAUCUUGCACGAGUAUUUUUGGAGGGAAGAUGAAGAUGCUGUUCUCGUUUUGGAGUAUUUUAGAACUGAUUUAGCUUCUUUGAUAAGAGAAGCUAAGAAGAAUUGGAAAGAUGGGAUCUCUCCUGGGGAAAUUAAGAGAUGGAUGAUCCAGAUAUUACAUGGGGUUGAUGCUUGUCAUAGGAAUUCUAUUGUUCAUCGUGAUCUUAAACCUUGUAAUUUGUUGAUUUCUGAAGGUGGUGUUUUGAAAUUGGCUGAUUUUGGUCAGGCAAGGAUUCUUCUGGAGCCAGGCUUUGUUGCAUCAGUUGAGGGCUUGCAACACGAUGAUUCAAAUGCUGCUGCUCAAGGCCAGCCCUCUACACUUCAAGAACCUGAAGUUAUCAUCAAUGACUCGAGUGAAGAGGCUUGCACAAGCGAAGAGCAAGGUAUCAAAAGCAAAGAAGAAAUUUUCAGACACUUAUUUGAGCAGAAGGCUAAAGCCGCUGCUACAGACGACACUGACAAGGACUCAAACAUCCUUGAUGGUGAUAAUUCCUGUCUUGCUACUUGCACAACAAGCGAAGUAGAAGAUGACCUCUUAAAGGGUUCUUAUACAUAUGAACCCGAUGGAGGGGAGAACAGAUAUGGCCCGCUAACUUCAUGUGUGGGGACUCGGUGGUUUAGAGCUCCCGAGUUGCUCUAUGGAUCGACAAACUAUGGAGUGGAAAUCGACCUCUGGUCAUUAGGGUGCAUUUUUGCCGAGCUUUUCAGCUUAGAGCCACUCUUUCCUGGAACCUCGGAUAUUGAUCAGCUUUCUAGAAUAUUCAAUGUAUUGGGCAACUUAACAGAGAAGACCUUCCCUGGUUGUUCAAACCUCCCAGAUUAUAAAAUAAUCUCGUUCAGUAAGAUAGAAAAACCAGCCGGGAUAGCUUCAUGCUUGUCAAACCGUUCUCCAGACGAGAUCCUAAUAGUCCAGAAGCUCCUGUGUUUUGAUCCUGCAAGUAGAGCUACUGCAAUGGAGUUGUUACAGGACAAGUACCUUACUGAGGAUCCUUUGCCAGUCCCGAUUUCGGAGCUGAGAGUUCCAUUAACUAAAUGUGACCCUGAUGAGGAUUCAGCCGGUAAUUGGUUCGACUACAGGGGAACAGGUUCCGACUCAGAUUUUGACGAAUAUGGAGUAAAUGUAAGGAAAACCGACAGCAGUUUUUCAAUUCGCUUCGACUAAGAAGGAUCAGAGAUUAUAGCGCGAAAACUGAGCUUCGUCUUUUUCAAUUUCUCAAACCAGCACAAAGUAUAGGUUUACAUACCUGUACUAGUUUGUAAAAGUAAAGACAUUCACAACUUACACUAUAUUUAUACAUAUAAAUUUUGUAUUGAACUGGUUACAGUUCCAUUUGGAAUUGUAAUUCCAUAAAAUUUUCAAAUUGAAGAUUUGUAAUUGAAUACUCUA